AUGGGUAAAUCAUCGCAAUACGGCGUUAUCCUUGACGCCGGUUCUUCUGGAACCCGAGUCUACAUCUACAAGUGGAAGAAUCACGCCAAAGCCUCCAAAGAUGCAUCCGCCGCUGAGCUCAAGGCUCUCCCCAAGAUCAAGCUCAAGGAAAACAAGAAGAUCCAUCCCGGAGUGUCGAGCUUUGCCGAAAACCCGUCGCAAAUCGGACCCGACCAUCUAAAACAACUGAUCAAAAUCGCCCUCGAUGAAGUUCCUGAUAGCAAAAUAUCCGAGACACCCGUAUACCUUAUGGCAACGGCUGGUAUGCGCCUGCUACCAAAGCCCCAACAGACAGCGCUUCUUAAGUCGAUGUGCUCUUACUUGCAGUCGAACACGAAAUUCAUCCUUCCUGAUUGCGAUGCUCAUAUUCAAGUUAUUUCUGGAGAAACCGAGGGUCUGUACGGCUGGAUUGCGGCAAAUUACCUGCUCGGUGGGUUCGAUCAUCCUGAGGAGCACGACCAUGGUAAAAACCACCACACAUAUGGCUUCUUGGACAUGGGCGGCGCAUCUGCGCAGAUAGCCUUUGCCCCUAAUGCAACCGAAUCCGCAAAACAUGCCGAUGACCUGAAGUUGGUGCGCAUGCGAACCCUCGAUGGAUCCCCCACCGAAUACAAGGUCUUCACUGCAACCUGGCUCGGGUUUGGCGCCAACCAAGCUCGCAGUCGCUACGUUGAGCGUCUGCAGGAGCACUAUAACACCGAUGCUACCCAUGAGCUUCCUGACCCUUGUAUGCCGGCCGGCCUGCGAACUACCCCUGAAGGCGAACUUGUUGAAGGGGCCUCAGACAAGACGGUUCUGGUUGGCACAGGAAAAUUUGACGAGUGCUUAACUGUGACAUACCCUCUUUUGGGUAAAGAUAAACCCUGCGAAGAUCAACCAUGUCUUGUCAACGGCCAGCAUGUGCCUGGCAUCGACUUCGAUAUCAACCACUUCGUCGGAGUGUCCGAAUACUGGCAUACAACACACGGUGUAUUUGGGAAGAAGCAAAAGGCGUACGAUUUGGCAACAUAUCAGAACAAUGUCAUGGAAUACUGCAGUCGAGAUUGGUCGGAUAUCAAGGGCGAUUUGGACAAACGCAAAAAGUCGCCUGAGAAGAAGGCAGAGGAGGCGCGAUUAGCCUGUUUCAAGGCGUCAUGGCUCAUCAACAUGCUCUACGACGGUAUUGGCAUUCCUCGAGUUGGGCUUGAAGGCGGGGCAGCCAACGACACAGUUAAGGACGAUGGAGAGAAGUCGUUCAACGACCCCUUCAAGCCUGUGGAUACAAUUGAUGGUGUCGAAUUGAGCUGGACCCUGGGUAAAAUGGUCCUCUACGCCGCUGGACAAGUUCCUCCCACGAGCUCCGAGCUACCUGUUGGUUUUGGAAGUAAUGUGGAAAAGGGCAUCGCGGAAGACUUCCAGCACGCUGGUUCUUCGCCAAUUGCCCCUCAUACUGGAGAUGAUGACGAUGAUGACUUCGAAGAUAUCCUCAAGAAGCCUGGAAAGUCCACCGGCGGGGUUGUUGCCUUUAUCAUCAUACUGCUACUCGCUGCUUAUCUCCUCCGUAAGCCUGAGCGACGACGGAAGAUAUUUAGCAUGGUGAAGCGACGCAAGCGCUCUGGAAAGCAAGGGCGCGGCUCCUCUCUGGUCAACAAGAUCUUCGGCCGUCGCUCUGGGCCAUCGUAUGAGAGAGUGAUGGAGGAGGGCGACUAUUCCGAUUUUGAGCUAGGUGAUGUCGACUCAGAUGACAACGACCCUUCGGACAGCAGCAGUAAUGGGUCUAGAAAGGGGCGAACAUCAGGUCUGGCAACGCCUAGUAUCUUUGCAGGCCGAGCGGACGAACUCACUCGUCCACCUUCAGCAAUGGAUCGUGCUGGCCUUGUAGUGCGAACCGAGAGUCGAGAGCGCUUGUCGCCCUCCUUGUUGAGUGCCGGUCGAAAGAGUCGCAAUGGUAGCCCAACGCGUGCCAAGAGCCCUUUCAUGACGGCCUUGCAGGAAGAUGAGUAG